AUGGCAGUAGUGCUAGCAACGACUGCCCUAGCACACAAUGACAACGAUGAUCAUCACAAGGGCCAUGGUGGCAGAAGAAGAAGAACGUGCAUGAUUCCACACAAAGAAGGGGACACUUCCGAUGCAAUCAUGUCGACGUUCAAGAAAUGUAGCCAGCACUCCCGCGUCGUGUUCAACAAGAACUUCAACUACAUGGUGCACAAGCCCAUGAACAUCAGUGGACUGAAUGAUGUCCAUAUCUCAAUCCAGGGCAAUGUGACUUUUGAUGACAGCGACAUGGCUUGGUGGCAAGAGAACAUCUUUUUGCUCGACUUUCAGAGUGCCGGCACUUAUUGGGUCCUUGGCGGCGAUGAUAUCCGUGUUGAUGGCGGUGGUACUGUAGACGGUCAAGGCCAAGUCUGGUGGGAUGCUGUGGCUGAAGACCCUCGACCGGUGACCAUGACAUUUGACAAUGUCAAUAAUCUUCAUGUGUCGGAUAUCUGGGUGAUCCAAUCCCCUUUCUGGCAUAUUUUCGUCAGAAAUGCCAAUAAUGCCGUAUUCACCAAUAUGAACAUCUGGUCUGAGACCAAGUCUUCAUUCCCUGUGCGCAAUUCCGACGGGUGGGAUCUCUUAGCAAGCACCGGUGUUGUUAUCAAGGAUUCGGUGAUUGCGAACCAAGACGACUGUGUCUCGUUCAAGUAUAACACUACAAACACUCUCAUUGAAAACCUGGAUUGCACCGGAUCACACGGUUUGUCUGUUGGCUCGCUCGGUCAGUAUGCACGUGAUGGACAGAUCGAUGCUGUUACCGAUAUUGUUGUUCGGAACGUUACAUGCCGUGAUUGUGAAAACGGAGCAAGAAUAAAGACUUGGGCUGGCGGCAAGGGGCUGGUCGAGAACAUUACAUUCACCAACAUGGAGGUGACAAAUGCUGAAAAUGCAAUUGUGAUUACAACUCACUACUGCGAUGGCAAUCAACCGGAAUAUUGUGUCGGAUCAGAUGACGCUUCGCUCACGAUCCGGAACAUUACCUUUGAUAACAUCUUUGGAUCCGCAAGUGAGCACGGCAAACCUAUCGUCACCAUGAACUGUUCAAUCGAUACACCCUGUACAGACAUCACACUCACAAACAUUGAUAUUGAGCCGGCUAGCAACACUGAAGAAAAUGUUUGCGAACAUGUAACCGGAGCGGAAGACAUUCCUUAUUGUCCCCAGUACCAGUCGUAG